UCAGUCAACAUAUGGUCAAUUCCUGUUCACUGGUUGCAAAGAAACAAGAUGUUCGAGGUUUCAAAACGUCAAAACUUCUUCCACAACCAUGAAUCCAGCCUGUUACUCUUUAAGGUGUUGACAGUCCACUUUAAAGCAGCAUCCCUUUGCUUUUGUUUCAAUAUUUACUGUGAAAUAAAGUCACCGAGACUUUAUAAUCCCUCCACAUAUGAGUCUCCUCCACGGUGACCUAAUGUGCUCUUCUCCUCAGCUGAACAUCAUGAGCUUCGUAGCUGAGCUGCUGGAGUGGUUCGAGGUUAAGAAGCCGGAUUUCGUUCAGCCCAUCCAACCCAUCGACUUCACAGACGUCUCGGGGUUAUUAGACUGUACAGGUCCCGUCAGCGGGAACAGCAACAGUGGUUCUCCUUCCUUCAUCUUCAAACAGCCCUUUGUGCCCAUCUGCUCCCCGGUGUCGCCAGAAAACAAGAGUUGGACAAAGAAACAAAUCAGUCGUCCUCUGUCAGCAGUGACUUUCAGCAUCCCAUUUGGGCUGGACAGUGAUGUUGACAUUGUCAUGGGAAACCCAAUAGAUUCUGUCUUUCGCUCUGUCAGCACUGACAGCCUCACCACCGGCAUCCGCGCAAUGACUUCCCCGGUGACAUCGGCAGGGAUGACUUGUGUCCCGUACAGCCCUCCAGAGGAGCUCAGCCACCUGGUCAGCGCUUCUGCACCGUCGCAGCGCUCCUCCUGGGGUCCUUGCGCUCACACAACGCCACUGGGAGAGCUGCCAACCAUCGAGGAGGCGCUACAGGUGGUUCACACCAUGAGCAGCAAAGAUCGGAGGAAGGGAAGGAUAGCAGAGAAAGGUGGAAGAGGACUGUUGGGAGGAAGGCCAGAGCCCAGGUUGCGUCCGGAAGGAGCCCCGGCUGGUUUCUUCCUACACUCCUCCGAGGAGGAUGAAUCCCAGCUCAGUAGCUCUGCUCCCUGUCGCUCUGGAGUCCUCCACCGGCCUGUUAGUGACGCUGAAAAGCAAGGAAGGGGAGAGAGGAGGGAGAGAUCGGGACGCACCUCCGAUAUGUCUCGUGACGACGACUCUGUCCUACGGGAUGGCAGCGUCGACUCCUCCGAAGCAUCGGACGAUACUUCUGGAAACGCGCCGGGUAAUAUCCAUCCCAGUAACGGUCGCCAGGGAAACAGCAGCACCAGCAGCAGUCCACGCAUGACGAGCUUUGCUGAGCGACGAGACAGCAGAAGAAGACAUCCCACCGCCCCCGGGGAGGAGUCGGCCUCUGCUUCGACCCCAACAACCCCGGGAACUCCACAAACACCCUCCACUCCAGCAGGGGCACCCAGCCCCGGUCCCAGAGGCCCUGAACCGGGCUCCGAGGCCUGGGAGUUGGGGGCUCGUCUGGAGGAAAAACGCAAAAGCAUUGAAGCCCAAAAAAGACGCAUUGAAGCCAUCUUUGCCAACCACAGACAGAGGCUGGGAAAAACUGCUCUCCUUCAACUGAAAAGAGAGCGAGGAGGGGAGGGAGCAGAGGGGGAUAAUCUCACCCUGGAGGAACGCCUCACUUGCAUGGAGGAGCAACUGAAACAAGAGGAGGAGAGGGAAAAGAAGGAGAAAGAAAAGGAUGGAGAGAAGGAGAAAGAGAAGCCAUCUGUUCCUAAUCCUCCUCGGCUAGAGAAGCAGGUCACUUUCUCUAUCGGAAGUAAGAAAGGGGCAGAGAAAGGGAAAGGAGGUGAAGCUGUCUUUGUGGAGUACAAUGAAGUGGUUCAGAAACUGAGUGACGCUCUGCAGUCACUACAAAAGGACAUGCAGAAACUUACAGAACAGCAACAGCAGCUCAUGAGCAAUCAAAAACCCAUAAACAUACCCAAAACCACUCCAAAACCAGCACCUAGAAGCGCUGCCAAAACGCCUCCUCACACCCCAACAAAGACACCACCAAGAACCCCGACAAAGACUUCUACGAGGAGUACCACUAAAGCGUGGAUGAUUCCUGGUCCCAGUGGCCCCGCUGCCUCCUCCCCGUCACGACGUUCGCACCUUCAUUCUUCUUCAACCUCCCCAAAGACUAUCAUCUCCUCUUCCUGCCCGGCUCCUCGCACAAAGAUCCACUCCUCCUCCACACCCCGCAGCCCCAAGCACCACCCGUGUGCCCAACAUCAGCCCCACCCACGGCCUUCCGAACUCAAGUUUCCCCCACUCAACCGCGCCUUGGUACCGACCCAUAACGUGGACACCCUCCCCCACUUACGGCGUGUGUCCCCCAGCAAGUGUCAGGUUCAGACCUCCUCCUCGUUUCGUAUCGGUGGGCCUCGGACUCCUCAAGAGCGUCCUGAGACUACCCAGCAGCCACAGCCUGAGGAGAACGCCUCGGACACAGCGUCGAGCGAGACACCGACUCAGUUCAGCUUGGAGCUGGAGGACAUGGAGGCUGUAGGAGGUCUGCCGGUUUUCCCACAGCACGGACAAGAUCGUCCGACGGCUGCUGGUGGAAGCAGCUCUGGCGCUCCUUCUGAGUGCUCAUUUGGGAGCGAGACUUUGUCUCUUUCUGCUGCGUUCAGUGCAGGAGGUGAAGGGAAGCACUGCAGGCCGAUUGAGACCUCGCUGUCUUCUCUUGGAGGGCCAGAGGGGGGCAGUGAUGUACCAACUGAUGAAGGGCAGGAGUAUUCCUCCGAUUCCAUGAGCGACCACACAGAGUCUGCUGUGGAACCUGCUAGAGGACUCGCUGCAGAACCUUUAGACCCCACAGAACAGCUGGAUCUGGCAACGGGAGCCGGCAAUUUGCCAGAACAAGAAACCGAAAGAGACGAGACGAGACAGAUCGAAACUCUGGAGCCGAGUGGAGAGCAGAAUGAGCCCGCGGCAAGAGGAGGAAUUGGAUUCUUCUUUCAGGAGGAGGUACAUAGUGAAGGGGAGAUGGCCCAGCGUAGAGCUUUGCUGUUGGAAAAACAGCAGAAGAGAACCGAGGAGUUGAAGAAGAGGAGACAGUGGAAUGAGCAAGAAAGGGAAAACAGACCAGCAUCUCCCUCCAAUACACCUCCCGCAGGCAUGACCUCGCCUUCCCCCACACCUCCUGCUACACCAGUCCGGAGGGGAACUUUCACGCGAGUGGAGUAUGCAUGGCGGCAUCAACUCAGGAUCAUGGAGGACUUGGACAAAGUGCUUCUGCAGAAAUCAACUAAUCAAGGACGAUCUUCCGUCAAGAAAACCCGGCCCCGUCCUCGCAGCAUGACAAGGGAGGAAACGCCGCUGUCUCUGAGUCCAGCCAAGGGAAGAGCUGGCUCUAAGUUGACCAAAGUCUACUCUAACUCCUCCCUCAACCUGGCAGCAAUGGAAGAGCCAGGAAACAGAUGUGGUAACCUCCUCAAGAAACCCCACAGCCGUCCUGAUUCGCCUUCAGGAUGUGUGACACCAAGUAAACUGGCCAAUCAGAACGGAGAUAAAGACUGGGAGACUGGCUCCAACGGAACCUCGCCCGCCCCAGAAUACACAGGUCCAAAACUCUUCAAAGAACCAAGCUUCAAGUCCAACAAGUUCAUCAUCCACAACGCUCUGUCUCACUGCUGCCUCGCUGGAAAGGUCAACGAGACCCAGAAGAACAAGAUAGUUGAGGAGAUGGAGAAGAGUCCCGCCAACCACUUCCUCAUCCUCUUCCGUGAUUCCAGCUGCCAGUUCAGGGGCGUUUACACCAUGAGCACCGACUCCCAGGAGCUCGUGCGAUUGGCUGGCAUGGGGCCGCGGACCAUUGGCUCCGCCCAGGUGGAGUGCAUCUACAAAUACAGUUCAGACAGGAAGCAGUUUAGCACCAUCCCCUCCAAAACCAUGGGCAUGAGUGUGGACGCCUUCACCAUCCCCGGCCAUCUUUGGCACGGAGGAGGCGCAGCAGCAGGAGGAGGAGGAGGCGGAAGCCGGAGGGCGAGCAUCACUAAGAAGGCAGUGAUCUCUAAGUGAGAGACGUCACAUGAUCGUUAAAGAAAACACUAUAAUCACUGUAACUAUUGUGAAGAGUGUAGUCAAUAUGAAAGCCUUUAGCCGUGUGUGUGCAGACAGACAGCGUACCUCUCUGGCCACUGGAUUUACUGGAAACACAAAAUGUAAAGAACAACGUUUGUACUCCCCUUAAAUGUGCCGAGCACAGAAACACACUAAAGAGUGUUCAGAGGAAUGUUUGUAAAUGUUCAGUCACGUGCACAAGAAAGAGGUACUUUUAAAACGUCUCGUACUCUAUUUGUGUGAAGUAGAAACUCAACACUGACUUUAAUAAGACCAGCGCUGGCUCUCUGUUCCUCUCUGCUGUCCUCCAGUAGAACAGCUCUAUACGCCGGAGCCUCCUCGUGUCAGAGUCACCGGCAGGACUUUCAUUUAAUUCAGUUUAAUUCCACCAACAGCUGCCAGUCGGUGGGUCAAAGCACAUUGUGACUGCAAAAUGAAAACAUAACUGAAAGAGAUGAUCGCCACAGAAGACAUGUUGAUUUACUGGUUUAAAGCUUUUUCAAAAUAAAAUAGCUCAGAGAAAA